AUGGAAGAAACAGAUCCUGUGCAACUAAAAGAUGGGUUGAAUUCAUCACUGCCAAGCUUCCAGCUGAAUAAUGUGAGGCAUUUCACACGGAGAAAUUUUCCCCACAGCAAAUUCAUACCCUAUACAGAAGUUUUUGUUUACUACUUUGUUACAACUCUACAUACCGUCGACAAUGUUGGUGAUCGUGUCGUGGGUUUCAUUUUGGCUGGACAGAACAGCAGUUCCGGCAAGGGUAACACUCGGGGUGACGACUCUUCUCACGAUGACAACACAGGCAUCUGGUAUAAACGCCAAGUUACCACCUGUUUCCUACACAAAAGCAAUCGACGUUUGGUUGGAUUGGCGCCUGUCUUACCUUCAUCUUUUGUGCUCUGCUUGAAUUCGCUUGGGUCACCUACGUAUCUUCGAGGAAUUUCGCCAAAGAUUGAUUUUCGAUCAAACAAUGCCAACGCUGAAACUGAAGUUUGGGUGAAGCGGCGAGAGUUCGAUGACGCCGCCGAAUUGUUGGUGCUCGGACCACGGAGGAAUCCUAGCCCGGUGAGUACCCUUUGUUAUAAAUUCGAGCUAAGCAAGUAG